CGUCGUUAACACAGUCGGAAGGUAGCGAUACACUAUACAUACAUGGUGAAUAUGUGUGUCACUGUGUAUAUAAAACCUUAUAUAUAGUAGAAGAAAGCGAUUGUUUUGAGUUCUUCUAUUGGCGGCUCUAAAAACUCUUCCAACUUCGCGCUUUUUCUUUCCACAGAAACCCUUACAUAUAUACAUAUACAUCUAUAUACAUAUAUUAUAUAUCAGUCACUGAACUCGAUGAGUGCAACAAUGGAAGUUUCACUAGGGCAAAAGAACAAACACUUACAAGAGUUCUCUUUGGCGUCUAUAUCGCUGCUCUCGUCGUCUUCUUCAACGUCUUCUCCUUCGCCUGUUGUUGCUCGUUUCAGCAUCAAUUCUGGCCUCGCAGAGCUUCGAUUACUCCAAGAAUCUGAAUCGAACGAUGCUAUAAAAGUUGAUCUUCAGACCGCUCAGCUUUUCAAGUUGAGUCCUGUCGAAUCGGUAUGCAUAUCUGAAGUAUCAGAAUCCAGUAAAGAGACAAACUAUUCAAGGGGAAUCACAAUUCAAUUUAUGAAGGAGGAGGAGAGUAGGGCCUUCCAUAAUGCAUUUGAGCAAUGGAAGAAGGAUGGGGAUGUUCAAGAAUCGCUUUUACAAAAUGGAACAGUAUUAGCUUCUAAAAGCAAGUUUGAUGACAAAAUUGAGGCAUCUUCUUCUAAAAUGUAUUUCCAUUACUAUGGACAGCUUCUACAUCAGCAAAAUAUGUUGCAGGAUUAUGUGAGGACAGGAACUUAUUAUGCUGCAGUCAUAGAGAACCGUGCAGAUUUUACUGGUCGCGUGGUGGUGGAUGUCGGUGCUGGUAGCGGUAUUCUGUCAUUGUUUGCUGCUCAGGCUGGCGCAAAACAUGUUUAUGCCGUGGAAGCAUCUGAAAUGGCAGAAUAUGCCCGAAAACUUAUUGCUGGAAACCCAUCACUGGGUCAAAGAAUUACGGUAAUCAAGGGUAAAGUUGAAGAAGUUGAAUUGCCUGAGAAAGCAGAUAUUUUAAUUUCUGAGCCAAUGGGCACCUUGUUAGUCAAUGAAAGAAUGCUGGAGUCGUAUGUAAUUGCAAGAGAUCGGUUUCUUGUUUCUAAUGGGAAAAUGUUUCCUACUGUAGGAAGAAUACACAUGGCGCCAUUCAGUGAUGAAUAUUUAUUUGCAGAAAUAGCUAAUAAGGCCCUCUUUUGGCAGCAACCGAAUUACUACGGGGUUGAUCUAACGGCCUUACAUGGAUCUGCAUUCCAAGGAUAUUUUUCUCAGCCUGUGGUUGACGCUUUUGACCCGAGGUUAUUGGUUGCUCCCUCAAUAUCUCAUGUGAUAAACUUCACUUCUAUAAAGGAAGAAGAUUUGUAUGAAAUUGACAUUCCCUUGAAAUUCACAGCCACUGUGGGUGGUAGAAUUCAUGGGUUGUCAUGCUGGUUUGAUGUAUUGUUCAAUGGGAGCACUGUACAAAGGUGGCUGACUACUGCUCCUGGUGCACCGACAACCCAUUGGUAUCAGCUACGUUGUGUUCUCUUUCAGCCGCUUUAUGCCAUGGCAGGACAAGAAAUUACUGGCCGACUCCACAUGAUUGCCCACAAUGCUCAGAGUUAUACUAUUUACCUAACAUUGUCAGCUAAAACGUGGGGCCCUGGUGCUGCACAAGGAGAAAUACUCCAGACAUCAUCUUGCAAAUUUGAUCUUAAAGAGCCGUAUUACCGAAUGUCUCAACCACAAGCCUAUUCAAUGGCCCAAGAUCAGCAAUCACAUCAGCUAUUACAGACACAGGAUCUUCCAAUAGAGAUCCAGGAGGAAUAGGGAUCUGAGCUUAUGCAAACCAUAACAAAAUUCAGGAGACGAUCAGCUCCGAUAUGUCACUGACAGAAUGUUUGUCAAUUAUUGAGGUGUGCAUGGAAGUUUACGACAUGCUCUCAUCUUUGUAACAUGAGAAUUUUAGAAUUAUUUAUCCUUACACUAGUGCUAGAGUCAACAACUGUCGUGCCCUUCUAUUGCCACCACUCACCUGUGAAAUACAUCGACACGAUUCGGCUAUUUCUUGUUUGAGCAUUGCGUCAAAAUUCAACUAGAUGAAUAAUCAAUCAGGUUUUCUGCAAAGUUUCUGAGAUCUUGUGAGGAUGAGGUCCAUGAUGCCAUUUUCUGUAUGACUCAAUAUCACAGCUCUAUUGAUCGCAUGUAGGAUGUUCAGCAUUUAAAUUCGGGAAAGUGGUACCCGCUGCGGGGUGCGAAUAUUUCGUGCUUGUGCUGGACCAUGUACGAAGUGUUCUUUUGCAUUGUGAAAUGGCAAAUCCUACUCCGUAUUUUUAUCGGGGAAAAGUGCAAGCAGAUGGUUUAUAUACCAUUGCCACCUGAUCAAGCAUGGCAACAGUUUCCAUUCCCCUCUUGAGGGAUUGAGCUUGAUGGGCAUGCUUUCAACAAGAAGAUGGCGCAAAGUGUUGCAUCAGAUGAUUCAUUUCAGCUUUAGUUAUCAGUUACCAAUGUUUCAAAAAAUAAUAAUAAUAAUAUUUAAUAGAAGAAGUUAGCAAUUGUUA